AAACAAAGCUCAAAUCACCCGGGCUGUGGCUCUUUGAACGCCGUUGAUGGGCUGCUCUUCUGGCGAGUGGAGGAUGGAUGAAAGAUGCCGAAGGCUUGGAUCGAUUUGGCGGAGGUGCAGCUGGAUGACUACUCCAAGGAUCGUAAGGGCUGGUCACCCCGGCAGGCCCGCUGGUCACCCCGGCCAUGCUCCCCAGCCCCGCAGAAGCGCGGGCAGGCCGCCCUGGUGGUUUUGGGCCUCUUCAUCACCGCCGGCAGUUGCAUCUACGGGCUCUACCCGUGGACCGCUCCGACACAGCGACUGUCGGAAGACGUGCCUUUGGCGGUCGUCGUGGACGCAGGCAGCACUGGGACGCGUGUCCACAUCUACUGCUUCUCCCAAGGAGAUCUUUGCAAAGAGCUAGGACUUCCCAGGAGCAGCUCCAACCAGCCAGCGCUGAGCACCUGUGAGGACUUACCUUGUUUGUCCCAAUUGCUGGAACCUUUGCUGAAUCGGGCCGCCGACGCGGUCCCAGCCAGAUUCCGGCCUCGAACGCCGUUGGCCAUCCGUGCGACAGCAGGCUUCCGCCUUCUGAGCCACCCCAAAGCCGAGCUCCUUCUGAAACUGAUGAGGAGCAUCACAAAGCAGUAUGGCUUCAAAGACGCGGGUGUGGAGGUCAUGAGCGGCGAUGACGAGGGCCUUCUUCAGUGGCUGGCGGUGAACCGCCUGCUGGGCACACUGCGUGGGCCAGCGCCGGUGGCGGUCUUGGAUUUGGGCGGUGCGUCCACGCAGAUUGCCUACCUGGUGGAUGAUGAGCCUUCCUUGCUCCAUCCGUCCCGGCGGGCCUUCCUUCGGCAGCUCCCUUUUCCUGGCGGGCGAACCGUGCGCCUUUACGAGCACAGCUACCUGGGCUACGGCCUCGUGGCCGCGCGGCAGCGGAUCAUGCAGGCGGUGAAUGCCUCCAAGCUGGAUUCGAAUCCAUGUCUUCCACGGAACGCGCAACCUGGAGCCGGAGCCACCGAAGGCCAGGGUGAUGCGGCUCGCUGCAGCGAAGUGAUUGGGAGGAUGCUGCGGCCCCCGGACUGCGUGCAGGGCACGGACGGUGCGGUCCUCGAGCACUGCGAGUUCGCCCAGAUUUGGACGGGGCCAGGUUGGAACGCCAGCAACAGGACUCGUGCUGCUGGCUGCUCUUUCUUCUUCUACGGCCUGGAGGAUGCUGCGGCGCUGCCUGCUGAGGCCACUUCGGCAGAGGUCACGCCACAGAGAUAUUUGGAUCUCGCCCAGCAUGCCUGCAGCAUGGAGGCCGACCAGCUGCCAGCAAGCUAUCCAGGUUUAAGUCGCGAGCGCGCUGCAUGGCUUUGCUGUGAUUUGUGCUAUACCUUCACACUGCUCACGGUGGGGUUUGGUCUCCAGGCGAAUACCGCCAUGCUCGCCGUCAAGUCCCUGCCGAGCAGCUGGGGCAAUAGCAGUGCCAGUUGGAGUCUGGGCUUGGCGCUUCAACUGGCCGACUUGGUCAGGCUGUGACGCUGAAGAGCGAUGCGGAAGAAAAGAGACGGGGCGUUUCUGGAAGUGACUGCAAGUCGAGUGCUCGAGAAGUUGUCGGAGUUUGGAUCCCAAGACUUGUCGAUCACGGCCUGGUCCUUCACCAAGCUCAGCUUUGGCUCCUUGCAGCUCUAUGAGGCGCUGGCGACCGCCUCGGUGGCGAAGAUCUCAGAGUUUGGAGCGCAGAGCCUUGGAAAUACAGGAUGGGCCUUCGCCAAGCGCCAGCUGAUGGAUCGGCAGUUGAUGGAUGCCAUUGGACACGCCGCACG